GGGCAGAGUGCUAGCGCCCCGGCGGCGGCUGCGGGUCCGGAGCCCGAGGACGUCGGUCCUGCAGGCGGAGAGCGCACGGGAGCGAGCUCGAGGCGGCGCGGUGACCACUCGGCGCAGCACCCAGGUGGAAAUGAGUUCUCAACAGUUCCCUCGGUUAGGAACCCCUUCCACCGGGCUGAGCCAGGCUCCUUCACAGAUUGCAAACAGUGGCUCUGCAGGAUUGAUAAACCCAGCUGCUACAGUCAAUGAUGAAUCUGGGCGAGAUGCCGAAGUCAGUGCCAGGGAGCACAUGGGUUCCAGCAACUCCCUCCAGUCUCGGGAAGAGAAGCAGGAGCCUGUUGUGGUAAGGCCCUAUCCGCAGGUGCAGAUGUUGUCUACACAUCAUGCUGUCGCAUCGGCCACACCUGUCGCAGUGACAGCUCCACCAGCACACCUGACGCCAGCAGUGCCACUCUCAUUUUCGGAGGGACUCAUGAAGCCGCCCCCGAAGCCCACCAUGCCUAGCCGUCCCAUUGCUCCUGCUCCACCUUCUACCUUGUCACUUCCCCCCAAGGUUCCAGGGCAGGUUACCGUUACCAUGGAGAGUAGCAUCCCUCAAGCUUCAGCCAUUCCUGUGGCAACAAUCAGUGGACAACAGGGACAUCCCAGUAACCUGCAUCACAUCAUGACCACGAAUGUACAGAUGUCUAUCAUCCGCAGCAAUGCUCCCGGGCCCCCGCUGCACAUCGGAGCUUCUCAUUUGCCUCGAGGUGCAGCUGCUGCCGCCGUGAUGUCCAGUUCCAAAGUCACCACAGUCCUGAGGCCCACUUCACAGUUGCCAAAUGCUGCCACAGCUCAGCCAGCAGUACAGCACAUCAUUCACCAACCAAUCCAGUCUCGUCCACCUGUGACCACCUCUAAUACCAUCCCGCCCGCUGUGGUAGCGACCGUGUCAGCCACCAGAGCUCAGUCUCCAGUCAUCACCACGACGGCCGCACAUGCUACGGAUUCAGCACUUAGUCGGCCAACCCUGUCUAUCCAGCACCCGCCGUCCGCAGCGAUCAACAUCCAGCGGCCUGCCCAGUCGCGGGACGUGACGACGAGAAUCACACUGCCGAAUCACCCCGCUCUGGGAACGCCAAAGCAGCAGCUGCACACCAUGGCGCAGAAGACCAUCUUCAGCACUGGUACACCCGUGGCGGCAGCAACAGUGGCACCGAUUCUGGCGACCAACACCAUUCCGUCAGCAACGACAGCCGGAUCUGUGUCACACACACAAGCUCCUACGAGUACGAUUGUCACCAUGACGAUGCCCUCCCAUUCGUCCCAUGCGACUGCUGUGACCACCUCAAACAUCCCGGUUGCUAAGGUGGUGCCUCAGCAGAUCACACACACUUCUCCUCGUAUCCAGCCCGAUUACCCUGCAGAGAGGAGCAGCCUGAUUCCCAUUUCAGGCCAUCGAGCCUCUCCGAAUCCUGUGGCCAUGGAAACCCGAAGUGAUAACAGACCUUCUGUUCCUGUCCAGUUCCAGUACUUUUUGCCAACUUACCCACCUUCUGCAUAUCCACUGGCAGCACACACCUACACCCCAAUUACCAGUUCGGUGUCCACUAUCCGACAGUAUCCAGUUUCAGCUCAGGCUCCAAACUCUGCCAUCACAGCUCAGACUGGUGUUGGAGUAGCAUCUACAGUCCACCUAAACCCCAUGCAGUUGAUGACAGUGGAUGCGUCACAUGCUCGACAUAUCCAGGGGAUCCAGCCAGCACCCAUCAGUACGCAGGGCAUCCAGCCAGCCCCCAUUGGGACGCCAGGGAUCCAGCCUGCGCCAAUUGGCACACAGGGCAUUCACUCAGCCACCCCACUUAGCACACAAGGUCUUCAGCCUGCUCCGAUGGGUGCUCAGCAGCCACAACCUGAAGGAAAGACCUCAGCAGUGGUCUUGGCAGAUGGAGCCACAAUUGUAGCCAACCCUAUUAGCAAUCCAUUCAGUGCUGCUCCAGCAGCAACAACCGUGGUGCAGACCCACAGUCAGAGUGCCAGCACCAACGCUCCAGCCCAGGGCUCGUCACCCCGGCCAAGCAUACUCCGGAAGAAGCCUGCUACCGAUGGAAUGGCAGUUCGGAAAACCCUCAUUCCUCCUCAGCCUCCCGAAGUGGCUAGUCCUCGAGUGGAGAGCGCCAUGCGGAGUACGUCCGGGUCACCUAGGCCUGCAGGUGCCAAGCCUAAGUCCGAAAUCCACGUGUCUAUGGCCACGCCAGUCACGGUGUCCAUGGAGACUGUAUCCAAUCAGAAUAACGAUCAGCCUACUAUUGCAGUCCCGCCCACUGCCCAGCAACCUCCUCCAGCCAUUCCAACCAUGAUCGCAGCAGCCAGCCCCCCAUCCCAGCCAGCCGUCGCCCUUUCAACCAUUCCGGGAGCAGUCCCCAUCACUCCACCCAUCACUACCAUUGCGGCAGCGCCGCCCCCGUCAGCUGCCGUGGGUGGCAGCCUCUCUUCCGUGUUGGGCCCUCCUGUACCUGAGAUCAAAGUGAAAGAAGAAGUAGAACCCAUGGACAUCAUGAGGCCAGUUUCCGCAGUUCCUCCGCUGGCUACCAACACUGUGUCGCCAUCGCUCGCAUUGCUGGCCAACAACCUGUCCAUGCCUGCAAGUGACCUACCACCUGGUGCCUCCCCAAGGAAGAAGCCGCGAAAGCAGCAGCACGUGAUCUCCACGGAAGAAGGAGAUAUGAUGGAGACAAACAGCACUGAUGAUGAGAAGUCCACUGCCAAGAGUCUCCUGGUGAAGGCCGAGAAGCGCAAGUCACCUCCCAAGGAGUACAUCGAUGAGGAAGGUGUGAGGUAUGUCCCAGUGCGUCCAAGGCCUCCCAUCACCUUGCUCCGUCACUAUCGGAAUCCCUGGAAAGCUGCUUAUCAUCACUUUCAGAGGUACAGUGACGUCCGGGUCAAAGAGGAGAAGAAAGCUAUGCUGCAGGAAAUAGCAAACCAGAAAGGAGUGUCCUGCCGUGCCCAGGGCUGGAAGGUGCACCUGUGUGCGGCGCAGCUGCUGCAGCUGACGAAUCUAGAACAUGACGUUUACGAGAGACUGACCAAUCUCCAGGAAGGGAUUAUCCCAAAGAAAAAGGCGGCAACCGAUGAUGACCUGCACCGAAUAAAUGAGCUGAUACAGGGAAAUAUGCAGAGGUGUAAACUGGUGAUGGAUCAGAUCAGUGAGGCCAGAGACUCCAUGCUUAAGGUUUUAGAUCACAAAGACCGCGUCCUGAAGCUGCUCAACAAGAACGGGACGGCCAAGAAAGUGUCCAAGUUGAAGCGGAAGGAAAAAGUCUAGAGCCGGAAGAACCCAGAGUUUGGAAACUGAGCUGAGGGAGGCUGACGGUGGGGGAGGGGCUCCGGUUAUUUCCGAGCGGGAACGUUGGAGUAAAGGCAGUGCUCCUCAGUUCUCGCGUGCAAGCCGAGGGACCCGGGGCAGCCCGCGGCGUGAGCGGCUCGGAGCCCACCCGGCACCAUGGACCCCCGUCUUUCUCUGGGACGUGGCCCUGGCAAACCCGCUCUGUGUCCUGUGUGACCGCGGGUGCGCAGUGAUGCCCAGGGCUUCCAGACCGCACCUGCCCGGCGGAUCCCUGCAGGACGCAUCCCGAGCCGGGACCGAGUGAACCGCCAGGACCAUCCGUUCUCUGUCCACGCUGAAGAGAAAGCCUCAACCCUCACCCCAGCCGCUGCUUCUUUGUUUGCCCUGCGGAUGCCCCGGCCGCGCCUCGCCGCGCCGCGCCCCGCUCUGAAGGGCUGCAGCUCUCACUUCCUGUGUUUUCUAAAGAACCGUUUCCAAGUGAGGUCGCGGUGCCGUCUGUCCUGCGUGUGUCCGAGCUGAGUCUCUGGGGCGGCUCAGAGCGCCGAGGUCCUCGUUCUGAAGUACGCUCCCAUCCCCUGUCCUGUCGCUCGUGAGACGCUGUCACCUGUGUGUACCACCCAUCUCCAGAGUUAAUAAAGGACUCAA